UGUGUGGUUGGCAUGGCUCGAGUAACAUUUUUACAUCCAGAUCUUGGAAUUGGAGGAGCUGAAAGAUUAGUUGUUGAUGCUGCUUUAGCAUUAAAAAAGCAAAAUUAUCAUGUGAAUAUAGUGACGACUUUUCAUGAUCCAAAUCGUUGUUUCACUGAAACUAAAGAUGGAACAUUGCCGGUGACAGUAGUUGGAAAUUGGUUACCACGUCAUAUUUUCGGCAAAUUUUAUGCAUUAUGUGCUUAUAUACGAAUGAUGUAUGCGGCAAUAGCUAUUUAUUUUAUGGAUAUUAAACCAGAUAUUGUGAUAUGCGAUUUAGUAUCAGCAUGCAUUCCAAUACUUCGUUUAUUUGUCAAAAAAAUAGUAUUCUAUUGCCAUCAUCCUGAUCAACUUCUCACUCAACCUGGAGGUAAAUUUAAAACUAUCUACCGAUCAUUACUUGAUUAUUUCGAAGAAAUUACUACUGGGCGAGCAGAUAAAAUUUUUGUCAAUAGCAUUUACACUCGAAAAGUAUUUAAAAAUACUUUUAAAAGCUUAAACAUUAAUCCUGAAAUUUUAUAUCCAUCAAUUCAUACUGAAUUUUUUGAUCAAACACGAGUCCAACCACUAGAAGAUUUCAUAAAAUUUAAAUUUAAUCCAAAUAAUUUCAUUAUACUUUCAAUAAAUCGAUACGAACGAAAGAAAAACUUGUCAAUAGCUAUUGAUGCUUUUCAUAAAAUGAAAGAUUUACUAACUAACGAAGAAUAUGAAAAAAUUUAUUUAAUUAUGGCCGGUGGUUAUGAUGAACGUAUAGUAGAAAAUGUUGAACAUUAUCAAGAACUCGUGAAUCACGCUAAAAAAUUAAAUAUAAAUGAUAAGAUAAUUUUCUUCCGAUCUCCUACUGAUGAAGAAAAAGUCUCACUACUAAGUCAUUGCAAAGCUUUGAUUUAUACUCCAGAGAAUGAACAUUUUGGUAUUGUUCCAUUGGAAGCAAUGUAUUUUAAGAAACCAGUCGUUGCUCACAAUUCUGGUGGACCCACAGAGACAAUCGUUGAUGGAGAGACUGGCUUUCUAGUUAAAGAAUCUACUCCCGAAGCUUUUGCGGAAAAAAUUGUUACUUUAUUUAGAGAUGAAAAUAUGAGAACAGCUUUUGGGAAUGCUGGAAAAGAAAGGGUUGUAAAUUCAUUCAGCUUUGAUGCAUUUAGUCGACAACUACAUCGAACAAUUGAAGAAUUAAUUUCGGAAAAAGAAGCAAUACAAUAAAAAAUUCCAUGUGUUCAUUUUAAAAUACACAUCUUUAUUUCUUUGUGAUACAAAUAUUUUGAAAUGAA